AUGUCCAAAAAACCCCAGGACAAGUUUGUUGAAUUAGACACAAAACGCCGUAAUGCCCUAUCAGAACUUGACGACUCAACAAUUAAGUUGGUUCAUGUUCGAGCCUGUGUGAUUGCAGGUUUAGGAUUUCUUACUAGUGCAUACGAUCUGUUCGUCAUUAAUUUGGUCUCGAACAUACUUGGGUAUGCCUAUUAUUCUUCUAAUAAUAAUUCUGUUCCCACAAAUCUGGAUACCGGCAUAAAGACUUCGGCUGCCAUAGGAAAUGUUAUUGGACAGUUAUUUUUCGGGUGGAUGGCUGAUAGAUAUGGUCGUAAAAAAGUGUAUGGAAUUGAACUCUCGAUUAUGAUUGCUGCCUCUGCAGGAACAGCUCUCGCUGCAAAUUCCUUUUCUAUGAGCAUGUUUACCGGAAUUAUAUUUUGGCGUAUUAUCUUGGGUAUAGGAGUUGGAGGAGAUUAUCCCCUCUCGGCUGUCCUUACCAGCGAAUUUGCAACAAAGAAAAGAAGGGGAACAAUGAUGGCAUUGGUUUUCGCAAUGCAAGGAUUCGGUAUUUUGUUUGCAGCGUUGAUCACCAUGAUAACUCUAAAGGUCUUCGAAUCCCAUAUUAAAGAGGAUGUUCGUUAUCUUGACUAUGUUUGGAGAAUCGUCGUUGCUGUCGGCGCAAUUCCGGCCAUCGGGGUUCUCUAUUUUAGAAUAACAAACCCUGAAUCACCCCGUUACAUUAUGGAUGUGUGUGGAAAUAUUGAAAAAGGUGCCAAAAGUGUAGAAAUCCUGCUCAAUAGUGAUAAUAAUAAAGUAAAAGACAAUGAAGUUGAAGCGUUUUAUUUGGUUGGAACACCACAAGCCUCGUGGAAGGAUUUCAGAGAAUACUUUGGAAAGUGGCACAAUGCAAAAAUCCUAAUAAGUACCUGCGUCACAUGGUUUGCCAUCGACGUAGCCUUCUAUGGCAUUAGUUUUAAUCAAGGAAUAAUCAUGAACGCAACAACAAACCUAACGAAGUCUCAGGAACCGUAUCAAAAUUUAUUUAAUAGUGCCAUCGGUAGUGUAGUUGUGACAGUAUUAGGAACUAUACCAGGAUAUUGGUGUAGCGUUUUGUUAAUCGAUAGAUUGGGACGAAGAUUCAUCCAAUUAAUGGGAUUCUCGGUCCUAACAAUUCUUUAUUUGGUCAUUGGGUUCUCGUAUACGGUUAUUACUACCCAAGAAUAUCAUGCCAUAUUUGUGGUCCUUUUUAUAAUAUCGAUGUUCUUCACAAACUUUGGCCCAAAUACAACCACUUUUAUCAUACCUGGUGAAGUAUUUCCAACUCGUUAUCGCUGUUUGUGCCAUGGUAUAUCAGCUGCCUCUGGCAAAAUUGGUGCAAUCGUAUCACAAAUAAUGGUCUUAUUACUUAAAGACAUAGGCGGAACCAAUAUGUUUUUCGAUCGUCUAUUAGAAUUUUUCGCAUUAGCCGCCUUUAUCGGUUUUCUAUUUUCUUUUCUGGUUCCGGAGACAGGAAACAAGUCUCUGGAAGAAAAUUCAAAUGAGAUGCAAGAAGGGUUCAUAAAAAGCUACAUUUACCCAGAGCUAAAACCACCUAAGGUGGUUAAGCUCAACAAAAUGCAAAACCGUCACAAUAAUAAU